AUGGCGGGGUUUGAGACCAAAUUGAUGUUGACGUCGUCUCUUCUGCUCUUGAUCGGCGUAUGCACGGGAAGUUUCUACGACAACUUCGAUAUCACAUGGGGUGACGGUCGUGCCAACAUAUUUGAGUCUGGACAGCUCUUAACUUGCACUCUCGACAAGAUCUCCGGUUCAGGUUUUCAAUCGAAGAAAGAGUAUCUAUUUGGAAAAAUCGAUAUGAAGAUGAAACUUGUCGCUGGAAACUCAGCAGGAACAGUCACUGCUUAUUUUUUAAUGUUUUCACAGCUUUUAUCUAAAGGCGAGACAUGGGAUGAGAUGGAUUUCGAGUUCUUGGGUAAUGUUACAGGACAACCUUAUGUUCUCCAUACAAAUGUGCUCACAGGAGGUAAAGGUAACCGUGAGAUGCAGUUCUAUCUCUGGUUCGAUCCCACCGCGGAUUUCCACUCUUACACCGUCCUUUGGAACCCUCUCAACAUCAUCUUUCUUGUGGACGGUAUCCCGAUCCGGGUGUUCAAGAACAAUGAGGCUCACGGUGUGGCUUACCCGAAGAGCCACCCGAUGAAAAUAUACUCGAGUCUAUGGGAAGCUGAUGAUUGGGCGACGCAAGGUGGUCGAGUCAAGACCGGUUGGUCUAAUGCUCCAUUCAGCGCUUACUACAGGAGUUUCAGUGACGUAGACUGCUGUAGUCGAACUUCAAUAUGGAACUGGGUUACGUGCAAUGCGAAUAGCAACUCGUGGAUGUGGACUACACUUAACUCCAAUCAGAUGGGACAGAUGAAGUGGGUGCAAGAUGAGUAUUUGAUCUAUAACUAUUGUACUGAUUACAAGAGGUUCCCUCUAGGUCUACCCACGGAAUGUAACCUCGGCUGA